GAACCAUAUCAUCUCACCCACCCGCCCACUUACUAUUUAUUAUUUUUUUCCUUUUUCUUUUUCCUUUUAUGUCAAUAACAAAACCAAACCAAACCAAACCCUUAUAGCAGUUUCUCUUUUUCAUUUCUCCCCCAAAAAAGCUUUGAACAAACAAAAAAAAAUUGAUUUUCAUGGAUGCUUUGGACCCAACAAGUGCUGCAUGUUUCAUGGUAGAUGAUGACCUUCUCAAUUUCUCUUUGGAAGAUGAUGAGGAUGAUGAAAAGUCUACUACUACUAGCAAAAACAACCCUACUUCUUAUUCUUCUCAAUCUUCUAAUAACCCUCUUGUUGACAACCUUCUUCCCCUUAACCACCCUGAAUGUGUAGAGGAAGAAUUGGAAUGGCUGUCAAACAAAGAUGCAUUUCCAGCGAUAGAGUUUGGGAUACUUUCCGAUAACCCGGGUAUGGUAUUUGAUCACCAUAGCCCAGUUUCAGUGCUGGAGAAUAGUAGCAGCACCAGCCACAGCAGUGGCAAUGGCGUUGCUAGUGGAAAUGCGUAUAUGAGCUGCUCUGCCAACUUAAAAGUCCCGGUUAAUUACCCUGUUCGUGCACGGAGCAAGAGAAGACGUAGAAGGCGUAGAGGCGGGUUUGCUGACAUGCCAAGCGAGCGUUGUCUGCCGGUGAAGCAAGCAAGUUUCAAGAACGUUAAGAAGCGUGAGCCAUUGCUUUCGUUACCGAGGAAGAGUGCUGCUAACAUUGGGAGGAAGUGCCAACACUGUGGAGCUGAUCAGACCCCACAAUGGCGAGCUGGUCCUCUGGGGCCGAAAACACUCUGUAAUGCUUGUGGAGUGCGCUAUAAGUCAGGCAGGCUGUUGCCAGAGUAUCGCCCGGCUAAUAGCCCUACUUUCUCUCCUUCUGUUCAUUCCAAUUCCCACCGGAAGGUUUUGGAGAUGAGAAAGCAUAAGAUUGGAGUGGGAGGAAUGUUGAUUCAUGAAGCUUGUGGAUAUAGGGUAGGACAGUAGUGAGUCAUCUGCAGCGUCUUUUCGAACAUUUUUCUUCAGUUACUAUAGUUAGCACAGACUCUAGGUUUUUGUUGUAAUGGUCUUGAUGGUCAGUGACUUGUUUUGUUUUUUCCAUCAAAAUCCACUAGGAAUUUUGAACUUAGUGUGUUUUUAUUAUAUGCUUUUAAGAUAGAUAUCCAGAAAGAAGAGCUCCUAACAAAGAUUUGGUUGUUUUUUUAAAAUUCCUCCUACUUUCCUUAUCAUUUGCAUGGAUUGGAAAUGAUAAAACAUUUUUGAAUCUUGAGAAUGGUGUUUGUGGUAGUUUUAACUGCUGCAGAAGGUGCAGUUCGCUCGAGAUGGAAGUUUUGAAGGUUUGAGUGUCUGAGGGGUUUGAUCAUCCUACUUUGGCUACCUCUUUAUGUAAUGAAUGUCUUGUAAUGUUCUUGUUUUGAGUAUUAAGAAUUCUGCAAUGUACCAUUUAUCUAUGAGAAGAAAAGAAGUAGAUGGGACUUAUUAUAUA